AUGUCAAGAAUAUUACGGUGGUCUGCGUUCAGCUCCAGUCCUUCGCUAGGCAAAGAGCUAGUCGUCCUGGCCCACGGCUUUCUAGGAGGGCGUGUCCAAUUGCUACCAAUCGCGGCGUCGCUAGCGCAACAAUUCGACGUGCUCAACUUUGGCUACAAAAGUCGUGCAGACACGUUGAACGGACAUUCGCUUUCGUUGGUGGACACCGUCAAGUCAAGGCUGGGGCGCAAAAAGCAAACUGUCCACUUUGUGACGCACUCCUUUGGCGGUGUUGUGCUUCACAACGCGUUUCGCAGAGGACUGCUGGACGUCCUCGGUGAUGACGCAAGGAAAACGCGGUGUGUCAUGAUCGGACCUCCGCUGUGCGGUGCGUCAUUCGCACGAGCGUUUCAGACGAAAAACCUGAGUGGUCCCGACAUGGUGAGGAACGCGGUGCAUAUGACAGCGAGGACGGUGCUCGGGGAGCAUUCUGGGGCGCAGCUGAUGAUGAAGGAGCCAGACUGGUUUAAGAAAACGCUUGGGACGAUUCCGGAGGAGGUGGAGGUGCUCGUCAUUUGCGGGUCGCGGGGAAACUUGAAUCCGCUAAUUGGGGGAGAGUCCGAUGGUGUUGUGGGGGUGGAGGAGACGAUAUUGAAUAGGAAGCACUUUCGUUUGAAGGUUGCUAUGUCGCAUAACUUGCUGCUGUAUACUCCAGAGGUGCUCAACUCGAUAACCACGUUUCUGCAAGGUAAUGAGGUGGGGGAGGUGUUCGACCGGGACGUUUUGCCAACUGUGACAUGAAUGCUCCGUGUACCGUUUUCCUUUUCAGCAGCGCGUGUUCUCUGGAAGGCGUAAGCACGCUUUCUGUACGGUACGUGAGCGUAACGAGAUGUACUGGAAGUCGAUAGGCUACGUUACAAGAACAUGAUGUACUUCUGCCCAGUCUUGAAGCCUGGGAGGACAGGCGAGUAGUGCAAUUGGCGCCAAAUAUGGGAGAACGGCCAGACGAGUACACGCUCGCUCCCGCGUAAACGGCUGGCCAAAUGCCACACUUCAGCUUAAUUGGAUAGAAUCCUCAUCUUGAGAGAUCACCUUUAAAAAAACAAAUAUUUUUUGU